AUGUCAGCUAUUGUGGAUGGUGAUAAUGAGGCAGAAGUGGUGUCUAGGAACUUGUGCGGUGUGGUAGAUAUAGGUUCUAAUGCAAUACGUUUUAGCAUAUCAUCGAAAGCCUCACAUCAUGCUCGUAUACUACCAUGCGUUUUCAAGGAUCGUAUCUGUAUCUCCUUAUUUGAUGUUCAAUAUUCUAAUAACUCCCCAGAGAAGAAUCCAAUUCCGUUGGAAACAAUCAAUGACGUUGCUGCCGCAAUGAAAAGAUUUAAGUUUAUCUGUGAUGACUUCGGAGUUCCUGAGAAAGGUGUACGUGUGGUUGCUACCGAAGCCACUAGAGAAGCAAUUAAUUCCAAGGAGUUUACAGAUGCUAUUUAUGAAUCUACUGGAUGGGAAGUAGAGUUACUAUCAAGGGAAGAGGAGUGCAAAAUUGGUGCCUUCGGUGUGUUUUCCUCUUUCAACGUUGUUUCAGGGUUAUAUAUGGAUUUAGGUGGUGGCAGUGUUCAAAUAUCAUGGAUCAAAUGUGAAAAUGGGGAAGUCAAACAGUCACCCACACCUGUUUCGUUACCUUAUGGUGCGGGUGCAUUGGCUAGAAGAAUUAAGUUUGAAAACAAGCGUGAUUUAUUUAUGGAAAUCCAGGCAGCUUUUAAAGCUGCUAUUUUAAAAAUUCAGAUACCAGACGAAAUGAUCGCUGAAGCAGAGUACAAGGGGGGGUUUGAUUUGUUUGGAUGUGGGGGUGGCUUAAGAGGGAUUGGCCAUUUAUUAUUAUCGCAAACUAAGGAGUAUCCGAUUCAAACUAUUAUCACUGGUUUUACAUGUUCAUCGGAAGAAUUUACAGCAAUGGCUGAUUAUCUAUUGCUCAAGGGGAGGGUGCCUGGUCAAAAGAAAGACGCCAAAAUAUUUAAGAUUUCUGACAAAAGAGCUAUGCAGCUACCUGCUGUGGGGUUGCUAAUGAGUGCAGUGUUUGAAUCGAUACCCAAAAUAAAAUAUGUUCAUUUCAGCGAAGGUGGUGUCAGAGAGGGCAUAUUGUAUUCUAUUGUGCCUCGUGAUGUAAGAGCUCAAGACCCUCUGCUUAUUGCUUCGAGGCCUUAUGCACCUUUGCUAGCCUCAAAAUAUUUAUCCUUAUUAAGGUCUGCGCUUCCAGGAAAAGAAGUCCCAAAAAUUGUCUACGAACGGGUAGCGCCAGCUUUGUGUAAUUUGGCUUUUGUUCACGCUUCAUAUCCGAAAGAACUACAACCUACUGCUGCCCUUCAUGUAGCUACUUCAGGGAUUAUUGCAGGAUGCCACGGCCUGUCCCAUCGGAUACGGGCUCUAAUUGGCAUUGCCCUGUGUAACAGAUGGGGAGGUGACCUGCCUAAACCAGAAGAGACAUAUAUGAAGGCAUUAGAAGAUUUAGUAAUGAGAGAUUGCAGCAAGUUGGAUCGCGAGAGAACUAUUUGGUGGACAAAAUAUAUUGGAACUAUUAUGUAUGUUAUUUGUGGUGUGCACCCCGGUGGUAAUAUAAGAGGAGGCGUCUUUGACUUUAAUAUUGUAACGAAAGAAAGAACGGAAAAGGAGAUGCAGAAUCUCUCGGUUAAUGACAAUACAUCAUGUGGGGUUAACAAUCAGUCAUCUGAUAAGCGUGUCUUUGAAGUGCUGGUGAAAAUUAGUAGGGAUGACCUAAAAACUAGUGCUUCAGUGAGGCAACGAAUCAUUACAUUGCAAAAAAAGAUCCGAAAACUUUCUAGAGGUAGCUCUGAAAAGGUUAAGAUUGAAGUACAAUUUUUAGAAGAUCUGUAG